GCUGCUUCAGAAUGGUCCCCCCCGGAUCCCUUCCCAAGUGGGAUCCUUGUGAAACGGGCCAGGACACUCAGGGGGCUCCUCCUCGCGGGACCCUCACCAUCCCGAUUCCAUGAGGCCCUUAAGGAGAGCGAUGGCCACACAAGUUGAACUCGGCUCUGCCCUGACCUCGCUGGCCGGCAUAAGUGAACCGAGGACCGAGGCCGCCUUCCGGCACUCCUUUAUCGGCUCGCUGUCUGACGCCAGCCGGAAGCCUGGGGAGGGCCCCCGUGCUCUGGCCCCACUCACCCCGGAGGGCAGGGGGCAUCCAGUGGGCCCUGCCACCAUGCCCGCCACCGUGCCCAGGCCCCCGUGGGCCCCCAAGCCCUUCUCCCGGGAGGCGUCUUCCGACACCUUUGCUACGGUGAAGCCGCCUGUCCCGGCACUCAAGCCCAGCAGUGCUACGCCAAAACCUCCCGCCCCCUUGGCCCAGACCUUUGAAGACGCUGCCAAGGGGCUGCCUGGAAACGUCCCUCCGCUGCUGGAUCAGAAACCGAUGGACAGUAGGAGCCCCGUGGAGCCGGCCGCCCCCCUGCCCUUCUACCCGGGUGCUCAGGCCAACACCCUCAUCCUCUUUGAAAGCAGGCGGCCUGCGAAGGGGAGGGGCGAAGAGGGAGGCUCCAAGGCCCAGGAGGGGCAGCUGCUGCGCUCCCAUUCAGAGAAGUGGCCCCCAAGGCAGCCCUCACUCUCCACGGACCCCAGGCCAGUCUCCUGGGCCCCUCACUGGAAGGAGGCCUUUGCGGGGGGGCCCAAGGGCUCGGCCGGCAGCCUUGAGCCACAGCAGAGUCCAACUCCGGCCACUGAGACCCACUCCCAGGCGGGAGGGGGACCCGCCGCCUCGGCUGGCUUUCGGGAAUCCUGGCAGGAACCAACACAACCAGCUCCUCCCCAGGCAGCUUCUGGCCCAGGGAGCCCAAAGCCGAGGCCGCUCCCCCCGGACCUCACGAGUAGGUUUGAAGCCUGGCAGAAGCAGCCCUGCCUGGCUGAGAGCAAGGAGAAGAGCUUUCCAGCCGCCGGCGACGGGGCUCCGGAGGCCACAGGGGCGAGGAGCGCCGCUGCCGGCCUAAGUGGGGCUGCCCCAUCUGGGCCCAGGGCCAAAAGUGCCGGCAGCCAAAGCUGUUUGCCCUCUGUUGGGGGAGCAGCUCCCCCAGGCCAGACUGUCCCGGAGGACGUGGGGCAAAAGUGCGCACAGGAGGAGGGAAGCCAGGGGAAGUCCAGCAUGGGGCAGCCCAGGGCCGGCCAAGGCCGGCCUCUGUGGGAGACGGGGGAGGUCACUGCCCAGGAGGCUGGCUUCAGGAAGGCCGACCUGCCAGACGCCUCGGACGGCUGCCCUAAAAAGGCCGCCCCGCUCCUGGACCCCUCAGCAAAGCCUCGGGCUGCCCCCGAGAGCCAGUCCCUCCACUGCAGCCCCGGAAAGGAGAUCCGGAUCCUGAACAUCCAGCAGAGGAUUCAAGUGCUGACGGCAGAGAACGCGGCUUUCAAGGCAGGAGGCCUGCGCUGCCACUCCUUCCGCUCCCGGCCUCUUUCCGCAGAUUUGACGAAGAUGUUUUCUGGCCCCGUGACUGCAGGGGAGCAGAAGCCCAAGAGGCCGCCUGAAUGGUCCAGGAAGCCUGCUGGUGAAACGCAAGAGGCUCUGGAGGAGGAGACGCUGCCUGUGGGCAGAGCGGAUGUUGGAGGAGCCGGCAUGGCUGGCAGUCCCUGGAAGCCCCCACGGCUGGCAAAAACACCCUCCGUGGACGGCCCCCCCAAGAGAGAGGGCAGCUUUGCCAAAAGUGGGCCAAAGGUCUCUCUGCCAGCGGAAGAGCCUGGCCUGGUCUUCAGCCCCAAAGCGAGGACGGCGUCCAGUUCGUCCAGUGAAGAUGCCUGCCUUAAGACAGUCAGAGCCACCAUGUUUGAACACCACGUGGAGAGACACAGUGUGGUGGCCAGCCAGCUUGGCGCCGAACCGGCCUUGCUGUCCCUGAGGGCGACCUUCGGAGGCUCGCCCUCCCACGGCCAGGAAUUUCGGCAGGAGAGAAUGCUGGGAGACGGCCAGGCGACCAAAGCCUCCAACUGGGAGGCCGGAGGGCCCGAAGACCCCAGGCCUUUCACCGAGGACGAAGAUCCCUUGAGGGAGGAGGAUUCCCUGCUGGCGCAAAGGAUCGAGCCCAGGUACGAGAUCCUGCAGACCGUGGGGGAGAUGGUGCAGAGCGAGGCGGUGGCAGCCGUCUCCGGAGGGAAGGCCGUCACUCUCCGCCGCCAGAGACCCUUGAAGGAGAAUCGGAGGGCCGGGGGCUGUGGCAAGAGCGAAGGCUGGAGAGGGGCUUCUGGCCUGGGAACCGGCCCCUUGAAGGACCUCCCGGCCUCCGGGAGACAGGCUGUGUUGCACAGAGAAGGAACCGGGCCAGAGAGAAAUCAGGCCGGGCAGCAGGCAGCCUCAGGGAGAGCAGCGUCUUUCAGGGUGAAGGAUGGCGGCCACUUGGCCCCCUGGCUGGAAACCAGGAAGGAGAGGCGGCUCACUGCUGCUGAGGUCCAGAGGGAGGGGGCCACAGGGCCCAAGGGCCACACCCUGCAGAGGACUGGAGCCGGGGCGCCCGAGGCCGAUGGCUGGGAAGGCAGGGCUGGCGUGCUGGAUCAGAGGGCCAGCUGCCCAGGACUCCUCUUCAGCCUGGACCUGAAGCCCCCUCAGGGGCCAGAGGAUCCCAAAGGGCAGAAGCUGCGAGCAGCCUGGGAAGCCUGGGAGGCUCCGGCGGAAGGAAAGGAGCCGCCAGAGCUCAGCCUGGAAGUGAGGUGGGCGAGCGGCGUCCGUGGUGCUUCGGCUGCCAAAGGUUCAGGCCGCUGGCGGAGGAAGACUGUGCCCCACGCUGGCUCUGUCAGGUUUGAGGGCCCGGGGGAACCCCGCCAGGGUGCUGCCGGAUUGGCCAGCAGAAGAGACGCCCUGCAUCCGAUGGGUGGCUCAGCGGCAAAGGGAAGCCCCCAGGCCCCCUGUGGAGUGGAGCCCAGGCAGGCGGAGGUCGCCUCUCCCAGUGGCGCCCAGAAGCCGCUCUCUCCCUCGGAGCCCAAGGCCACGUACUUUGCAGUCACCUACCAGAUCUCGGAGGAGAUCGAUAGCCAGCCUGGGAGAGCUGCGGCUGGGGCUCCUCCUUCCAGAAGUGCCCGUCCCUCCCCUUGCCAGCACAGAGAGAGCUUUUCGGAGGGAGGGAGCUCUCCAGCCGGGCCUCUCCAGCCGGGCCGCUCCAAGGGGCGAAGCGGCGCUUCUCAGGAUCCACCGACCGAGGCCAGAGAGCAGGAGCUGCCGCAGAGACAGCCAGAGGCCACAGCCGAAGGGCAUCCGGCCAGAGCUGACCUGGCCCUCUGUCCUGGGGCCAGGCCUCCUUCCUACUUGGCGCCCCUCCAGCAGCAGAGCCAGCAGCAGAGCCCUGGCUCCCUCGGUCUUGGGGGAGAGCAGCGGGAGGCCCCCGAUCACUACAGGUCGAGAGUGGUGGACAUUGACGAGCUGAUGGCAGAAUACGGGGGGGAGUCCCAGAAGCUUUGGGCCCGAGAGGAGGGCCAGAGCGAGAGCAGCUUCUUUCCUUGGGAGAAAUGGACCCCCAGGACCUUUCCCUGCAGCUCUGACCCGAGAGGGGGGAAGGCCAGGGAGGAGCACGCCCUGGGCGGUGGCCAAGGGGCGGGCACGGAGGGCAGCCGUGUGCCUGGCAGCAUGGAUCCAUGGGGGGCCAGAGAGGGAACCUGCAGUCCUCCCCAGUGGGGCAAGCCAGACACCGAGAAGCCAAAGCCACGAUCCGCCGAGCCCCCCGGGCCAAGGUCGAAGAAGACAGCCUUUCCGGUUGGCAGGGAGCAAGGAGAGGGCACCGGGCAGGGCCCCCAGAGUGCCAAAGGGGCCAGUCCCGGCCCCCACCCUGCCCGUAGGGACCUCGGAGGCUGGUGGAAGGAAGCCGGUCUGAAGCAGUGGGCCGUCCUGGCCCCAGCCGGGGGGUGGUGCCCCAGCAGUGACUUGCCGGAUGGCCAGCCUGGGUGGAAAGCUGAGCCCCAGGCCGGUGUCUGGGGGAAGGGCCCUCCCGCAGCGCGGCAGCCUGGGGCGGAGCGGAGCAGUGCCAGCGCAUCCCCAGGGACGGGAGCCGUGCCGGACCUCAAUCCUUGCUCCUCUGGAAAGAGCCACCCAAGCCCAGCGAGGCUCAGCUUCCCUUUGGGACCAAGGCUGGAUCCAACCCACACUUGUCAGAGGCUCUGCCUGAGCAAGGGAAGCCUGUCGCCCGGGGACUGCCUCUCCCACGCAGGGACACGGGAUCUCGGAGAAGGAGGCCUCCCAGUGGACCCUGAUGAUGCUGCAGCCAUCAAGCACUCUCCGUUCCUCCUUGCCCAGCGACGGAGUGACAGUUUCUAUAAUGAGCGGAGGACUGAUCACUGGCCAGGGGACCACUUGAAGCAGUGCUUUGGCCGGCCGUCAGCAGAGGCCAGGGACACCGACGUCCUCGUGCAGGAGGCCGACGGCAGCUUCACCCCGGAGUCUCCUUCCUCGGAGGGCAGCAUGGCCCCCGCACAGAAGCCGUCUCCUGGCCGCCCAGCCUCCUGGUACUCCUCCCAGAGGGGCCCGGCCACGGCCACUGACCGACCGGAUUUACCCAGGGAGCAGAGGAGCCACAGCCUGGACGGUUCCAGCCCGGACGCCAGUCCAGCCAAGCCUCCCGCCACCGAGAAGGGCAGCCCAGACUUCUCCUUCCUGGAGUCAACUGCCCGGCUGGACUCGAGGGUCCUGAAGAGCCGCGUCCUGCUGGGCAAAAAGCGGCAGCGGCAUCGGGCCCCCGUCUCCCACACCCUCAGGAGGAGUGCCAGCGGAGAUGCCCAGCCGGACCCCUUCUCUGCAGUGGGGGGAGCAGCCAGCGGCUGGAUGUUCAGGGACUCCACAGAAGAGAAGCCCCCCAGGGCAGGAGAGGAAGAGGAGGAGGAGGAGGAGGAGCCCCUACCAGCAGAGAGGCUGUUCCCUGCCCAGCCGCGGCCGCCUCUCUUUCCAGGCCUGGCCCCCUCCGCCCUCAAGGCUCAACUCAGGAAAAGGCAGGAGUCGGAAGGGAGGAGGGAGGACGCCCCCCCUGCGCCCCUCUGCAAGUCGCCCAAAGGUCCGUUUCCGGCCAGGGGCUCCGGGGGCCGGGUGCUGGCGGCCACCCCCGAGAAGGAAGGGAGCAGGGGAAGCCCCUCCAGGGUGGCUGCUGAGGCUCUGCUGCCUUUCAGGCCGGAGAAACUGCCCCCCCCCAUGGCUGACGGAGCUGAAGUCCAGGAGGAAGCAGGGCCAGCCAGAGAGCCCCAUCUGAGGUUGAAGCCAUGACUGGCCAGAGGAGGAGCUGCCUUAACUGACCGCCGCCGUUUCCCUGCCCUCCCGAGGCUCCCUUGCCUUGACCUGCGCUCAGUGCCUUCCUCUGGGUGCCCUGCCUGACUCCAGCCUCGGAGGGGGGCUGUGGGACGGCCCCGGCCCCACCAGCCUGCAUCUGGGGCUGCCCCGAACGCUCCGCCUUCCUGUGGGGAGCUGAGGCCAGGACUGCGAUCCGUGGAGAGGUAGGCGCUUCAGCCUUCCUCCUCUCCGCAGGAGAGAGAGACGGAUCCCGCUUGCUGCCCUGCGCAGAAGGGAAAGGGACGCCGCUCGUUUCUUCAGGAUCCGGUUCUGAUCGUCUGGACACGUCCGUGGACUUGCUGCUUAGCCAGGGGCCGCGUGGCUCAAGGAUCAGAGGAAGAGGGUUUCUGGCACGGGCCACUGAGCCGCCCUGUCCUGGGAGAGAGUGAGAGAGGAAGCAGCAAAGCCCAGCCAAUGUCUCCUCCUCCUCCUCCUCCUCGGGGUUUCUGUAAAUCAGCCCCCCCCAGGUGGCCUUUUCGUUGGACAGACAGGCGAAAGGCCAAUUGGCUCAGGCCCUGAAUCGUCUUUGUCAGCUGUCGAUUUCCUUGUCAACGUUUGGGGCAGGGAAUCCUGUGUUGGAUUCCGGCCUUUCCAAGAGUCCGGCUCUCUCCCGCUUCUAAGCCUGGGGAGAUCGGUCAGCAAACGAAUGGGCCUCUGCGUGGCCGGGGGCGGCAUCUCUGGGAACAGGGCAGAGACCCUGGCAAGCCCCUUUCUGCUCCGUCCUGGUCAACUGGAGAAACCCCAAGUUGGGCAGUUCUGUGAAUGCAUCCGCUAGUGGUGGUGCUCGACCUCUGAAGGGCCCCUUGGUUAUGCUGUGGGGCCCCUAGGAAGCCCCCUUAGCAGCACGGCGGCUACCCCAAGGGUGCCUGGCAGGCUGGCUGGCUGCUGAGUCAGCCCUGUGCCCAAUCUCGGGGUCUGCAUUCCUGCCUCCUGAGACCCUGCUGGGCUUACACACUGCACACACACACACACACACACACACCCCGAGAAGUGCUUUUCUCAAAAUGCUCUGGCACCCCCAAGGGUUCAGCCAGAGACCUUGGGCCUGCGGGGGGGACCGCCAGCUGCCUCUGUGCCUCCCCGGUGCCAGUCCUGGAUCCCGGCUUCCUUUCCUCCCUUCCUUCCUUCCCCAGCUUGGCACAGGGAGGCCCAUCUGCUCCGCCAGCCCUCGGGCACCCUGUCCAUUGUUUGGGGGAGAUGGCCCUGCCCCCUGUGCCACUUGGAGGCAGCCUCUCCUGGCAAUGCCAGCAGGAAGUCCGGGCAUCUGCAGCAUUUCUGAGGCUGGGAGAGCUCCCCUGGGAGCCGCAGAGGGAGGCUGUGCUCCUCCUGGCCACGUUCCGUCUUGACCGUCUGAUUAAAAAGCUUGCUCAGAGCAA